AUGGGGGUACAUAUUUUCUUUCCUUCAACAAAUGAAUCAAGAUCCAUCCAUGACGAUCCCAAAACUCAAUCCCUAUUCACUCUCUUUCUCUUCAUCCUCGUCAUUCUCAAUAAUAUUAUUGCAGAAGCCAGAAGAAGCUCAAGGGGUGGGUUUCAUGGGACAAAACUGUUUGUUUUUGGAGAUUCAUACGUAGACACAGGCAAUUUCCUGCGUUCUGGAUCCUAUAAGCCACCUAACGGAAUCACUUUUCCUGGGAAACCUGCUGGCAGAUUUAGUGAUGGUCGCGUUCUUACUGAUUAUAUAGCUUCAUUUUUGGGAAUAAGAACGCCAGUAGCAUACAGAUAUAGAAAUUACGUAGAGAAAUCAAAACUACAACAUGGGAUGAACUAUGCGCAAGGAGGGACUGGAAUUUUUAACUCAAUAUUAACUAAUGGACCAAACCUUACCACCCAAAUCAAUUCUUUCCAAAAGCUAGUUCAACUAAAUGUCUACACCAAACACGACCUUAGAUCCUCAGUUGCUCUGGUCAACGUUGGUGGUAACGACUAUGCCACAUUUCUUCAAACAAAUGGCAACCUCAAGGAUGUAGGAGCAUUUUCGUCUGGUCUAGUGAACCAGCUUUGUUUGGACCUAAAAGGUAUUGAAGGCAUGGGAGUGAGGAAAAUAGCUAUAACGUUAAUGAUGCCAAUGGGGUGUGCGCCUCAGCAAUCUGUGAACACUUCCUACACAAAGUGUGCUGAACUUCCAAAUGUUGUUGCCAGAAAUCACAACCAGCAGCUUCUUCAUUGCCUCGCAAACCUAAAACAAUCAUCAGUGUUUUUAACACUCGAUCUCUACAAUACUUUCAACUCCGUUAUCUCUUCAAUGGCCAGAAAGCGUGCUAAAAAUCCGAGGCUAAUGAAUCCAUUAGAGCCAUGUGUAAGGGUUGAAGUGGAGAAAGAAGGGAAACAUAAAUAUAAAGUAUGUGAGAAACCAGAAGCAUCAUUCUUUUGGGACCAAGCUCAUCCCUCUCAAAAUGGUUGGCAUUCCGUCUACAGUCAGCUGCAAUCUUCCCUCCACCAACUUCUUCAAAAUUGA